AUGGACAAGUGUAAGGUGAAGAAACUGACAAUUGAAGAAAAGUUGAUGGGGUCAAACAAGGAUUUGCAUAAGCAAGUGAAGAACAUCAACAAGCUGACUCCAAAUCGGUCCUUGAAGGAGACGAGAUCGAGACUAUACAUAAUUAGGCGAUGCCUGGUCAUGCUGCUCUGUUGGAGAGAGCCUCGUGAUUAAUCUCUUCUUUCUCAUCCUAACACUGCAUUGGUAAUGUAUAAGGAAGAAACUACAUUCCUUUUCCACAAGAAGACCACACAUUGCUUUGACGGAGAAGUCACACAGAAGGCGCCAAACAUUGUCAAUGCAGAUGCUGCUAUACAAACCUCAGCAUUAUGAAACCCAUGGAGGACAAAUUACCCUGAUGAUGAUACGAUUGAUGGUGUACGACUUAGGCAUUUGUAUGCGUAGCUAUCUUGUUUUCUUAGGCUUUAGCACUAUGAAGGAUUCAGGGACUGAUUCUUUAUGCUCCAAGUCUCAGUCCCAAUCUUGGAAACUAUCAACUAUAUAUAUGUACAAAAAGUAUAUGAAUGGUGAGUAGUCAAGUUCAUAAUCUUGAAACAAUUUUAGAUUCA